AUGAAGCGCUUCUGCAGUCUGUGGCCGUUCGCGCUGCUCCUGGCGAUCCACGUUUGCCGCGCUGAAAAGCCCUACAACGUCGAACUCAACUCGUUUGAUCAGAACAAGGACUACGAGACCGAUGGCAAAUGGGUCGACUGGGGCACGCUGCGCAUGAAGAAGGUGGCACGCAACAAGUUCGCCCUCGCCGGCGACUUUGAGUUCAAGCUGAACAUGGGCGACGAGCAAGGGAUAAUGCUGCGGGUGUUCGUCUACGACUCGAAUGCCGGCCAGAAGGGUCCCCUGGUGAUGAACGUGAAGAAGCCCUUCUGCCAGUUCAUCAACGAGGACGAGGACACCUAUCCGUAUCUGCAAAAGUCCUCCAACAUGCCCGAGCAGGGUGACUGCCCCUUCCCAAAGGGCCAGUACAAGAUCGACAACUACGAGCUGGAGACCGAGUUCCUGCCCGAUGAUGCCCCCAAGGGGGACUACUUACUCGAGCUGACCCUUCUGGACAAGGAUCUCGGCGUGGCCGGCCUCAUAGCCAUUGUUACGCUGACCUGA